AUGGAUAUUUUCGACAACUCCGAUCUUGAGUACCUCGUUGAUGAUUUUUACGGUGUAUCUGAUUUCGAAGACGAUGAACCCUUUGGUGAGAUUGAUCUUAAGAGUGAAACUGAUUCUGAUUUCGAAGAUGAUUUUGAGACGAGUCAGAGUAAGAUGGAGAGUGAUACAUCAGCUUUAGAAGCAAGGAAUGGUAAAGAUAUUCAAGGGAUUCCUUGGGAGAGAUUGAAUUACUCGAGAGAUCAAUACCGUGAAAAGAGAUUGAAUCAGUAUAAAAACUUUGAGAGUCUCUUUCGAUCCAGACAAGAGCUUGAUAAGGAAUGUUUGCAAGUAGAGAAAGGAAGCACCUUUUAUGACUUUCAGUUCAAUACGAGGCUUGUCAAGUCCACAAUUGUACAUUUUCAGCUGAGAAACUUGCUGUGGGCAACAUCGAAGCACGAUGUGUAUUUCAUGAAGAACUACUCUCUCACACAUUGGUCAUCUUUGCUGCAAAGAGGCAAAGAAGUACUUAAUGUUGCUAGGCCCAUUGUUCCUACAAUGACGCAGCAUGGAUUGUUGUCGCGGUCUCUAUCAAGAGUCCAGAUAAGCACCAUGGCGGUGAAAGACGAUUUAAUAGUUGCGGGAGGGUUCCAAGGGGAGCUUAUCUGUAAGAAAAUCAACGAACCUGGUGUUGCUUUCUGUACCAAACUAUCGUCAGCUGAUAAUGACAUCACUAAUGCAGUUGACAUAUUCAACGCACCAAGCGCGUUAAGAGUUAUUACCGCGAACAAUGACUGUACCGUUAGGCUAUUCGAUGCUACAAACUUCGCCUUCCUCAACAGUUUCGCCUUUGAUUGGUCCGUAAAUAACAUCUCGGCCAGUCCAGACGGGAAGCUAGUCGCUAUUCUAGGGGACAGUCCCGAGUGUUUACUAGCCGAUGCAGGAUCCGGAAAAGUGAUCCACGGACUCGAAGGCCAUCUCGACUACUCGUUUUCAUCCGCGUGGCACCCGAACGGUCAAAUCUUAGCCACGGGGAACCAAGACACAACCUGCAGGCUAUGGGACGUGAGGAACAUGUCUCAAUCACUCAAAGUGUUGAAAGGAAACAUGGGAGCAAUCAGAGCCUUGAGGUUCACGUCUGAUGGGAGGUUCUUAGCCAUGGCUGAGCCAGCAGAUUUUGUACACGUUUUCGACACGGAAGCUGGUUACACUCAGUGUCAAGAGAUCGAUCUGUUCGGAGAAAUAGCCGGAAUCUCGUUUAGUCCGGACACGGAGGCAUUAUUUGUCGGAGUAGCUGAUCGUACGUACGGAAGCUUAUUGGAGUUUAACCGGAAACGCAACCAGUCGUAUCUUGAUUCCAUGUUCUGA